AGGCUAUUCUUUCGCUCGCCUUUUCGGUCUUUCGGCAGCAGAGACAACCUUUGCACUAACCCGCCACUAUUUCCACUACUACCAUACUGACAGUCCUGGUCUGCUUCAUCAGCGCCAACUUGCCUAUUUUCUUGGCGAGCUACGUCUUCUAGCGCAGCCUCAUGAUAUCAUAAUCACUACCGCCUCUACUGAACCUAACCAGUCCAUCCUUCUGCAGUGUAAUCAGAUCGGCAAAUCAAAUUUGGACAGAAAUAAGACAGUCACCUCUUCAUUCGACCAAACUUAUCUCAGUGACCGAUGUCACGGUAUUACAACAGCACAGCACAACCUCCAGCGCUUUGAGCCACCUAUUCUCCUUCUCUCUCCCGUUUUCCGUUUAUCUCUUGAGGUGCAAAGUUUCGCCCCUGCUAUCUGGAAUGGUCUCCUUCCUGUUUCCACGGCUCUCCAGUCAUCUUUUGGUCUCGGGUCCGGGUUGACGCUCGUAGUCUCCACUGACGUUGGGCCUACUAUUUCUCUUGUGAACAACUCUCAGAUGCAACAGCAACGAAACAGCCUGCAGGAGCUACUUCGGACUAUCCAUCUUUCGCGGUCUCCGCCUCAUUCUAUAACUUAUUCUUGGAGCGGUGAAUGGAUCUUGCGACAACUGCAUUCCUCAACCCGUGGCCCACUGCCUUCUAACCAACUCGCCGACAUAUCCGCAAGACCGAAUAGGUCGAGUCUUAUGCCGGUCGCCUCAUACGACUCUGAGGAUAAGACACCGAUUCGUUUUACUUGUGGUAUUAGUGAUAAUUGUCAUGAUGGUGACGAAGAGGAGGAAAACGGAUGCAAUAUCCUAGAAGAUAAAGAAGUGACGAAAGGAACAACAAAUUUAAAGUUGGAGAAUCUCACAGAGGCUGAUUCAAAGUCUGGGGAAUCUAGAGACAAUACCAGGAAUUCGAUAAAGGAAAUCGAGAUGAAAGACACAGAGAAGGUUAAGCGAUUGACUAUGAUGCCGAUGUACCUUCCUGCCUUUCUUCUACAUUCUUGCAUGUUUCGGGUUAGUUUUUUGUUACAUUUGCUUAUAGUAUAG